ACAGAAGAAGAAGAAGCAGCAGCAGGAGCCGUGCAGCAGGCAGAGAAAGGAGAGGGGUAAACCGGACAACACAGACUCAAACCGGCCCUUUGUCCCACUGUGAUUGCACGUUUAAAUCGCUGAGGACAUAAUGCACACCAGGAAGAGAGUGCCUUCAACCGUAACGGGAAAGAGCAGAGAGAGCGAGCCUAAAAGAUGGGUGAGUCCACGGAAAAGACGAAGAACCGACUAUGCCUCCGUGAAAGAGAGCGAAGACUGUGACUCCAGCAGCGACUGUGUGGAGGAGACGUCUGAAGAAGUGAUGCCCAAGUCUGAUGACAAAAGUAACCAUGAGGAAGAAGAGGGACCAGAUAAAAAGCCAGCAGACACCAGCGAAGACCAAACUGAUGUUCAAAACGAACAAACAAAGGACUUCACCAUUGACAUUGAGAGCACCGAGUCACAGAGGAAACCUUUGUUAAUUCUUCACAGGCUGGAACAUCUACAGGGUGAUUUUCAUCUGCUGUUAAACAACGUGGUGCUACUGCAAAAUGACAGCGGGUCCACGCCAACACAAAAUCCGAGCGAAGAAAAGGCUGAUGCGAGCGAAGACGACACUCCCGGACCAGUCGAAACCAGCGAGCCCCAAGACGAGACCUCAUCUCACUGCAGUAACGCUGAAAAUGAGGAGCAAGAUGAGGUGGAACAGAGGCACAUAGAAGAAGACGCUGUCAUCUCCGAGGACCAAGGGGUUGGCACGACGUCAGUACAAGAAGUAAUAAUAGAAAGUAAUGGUGAGAAUGAAGUCGAAAUAGUGGCUCUGAGUUUUCAGACAGAGCUGGAGUCAGUGGAAGAAGAAGCUACGCCAGAGAAUGUGAUCAGCCUAGAUUGUAACGCACAACAACAACAAACCAUCGAAAGCCCUCCUCAAGAAGAAAACCCCAGUACUGCAUCAGAUGAGCCCGCAGCGACGCCACAAACCAGCGCUGAAGUGGACAUCGCGGAUCUGGAACAACUGAAACGAGAAAAGAUAAAAUGGCAGAUAAAAGUGUUGAAGUUACAGGAGGAGUAUUACACGCUGCAGAUCCAGAAGUUAAAACAGUGACGCCUAUGAGGUCGUCUGUGCUAUGUUGGAUUUUAGAAUACUUUUUGUAAUCUUUAGUCAAGGAAAUGUUUUUAUGUGUGAAACACUUGUUCUUUUGCACUGUUUUGGACUGUACUGUUUUUCAAAAAUGCCGUUAGCUGCCCAUCAGUUUGCAGUGUCACAUCCAUAUCUGUUUUUAUCUGUAGCUAUGAAAUGUUUCUAAAACUUUAGCUUCAGGAUCUGUUUGCGUAUACUAUUUUAAAUGGUGUGCCUUGAACUUAUUAGAUGUGCUGUUAAAGUUCAAGUUCUGAUUUUAUUACAACUCAUCCCAAACCUCAACCUGAUUUUGUUUUGUAUCCAGAAUCAAAACACUAAACUUUUUCUUCAGCUGUA